AUGCUACCGGAAAAAAAGAGCGGAGAGAAACUUGAAAAACAAUACGAUGAAAAUUACGCUAAAUGGGUUGCAUUCAACGGUGAAUGGGAAGCAUUGUGUUGGUCGCUUACCGAGGAAGAGUAUUAUCUAAAUCUUGGGGGUUUUAUUGCCCAUUGGGAUACUCCCGAUUACCCCGGUGUUGUAUCGUAUGUUCUUCGCCAAUGGUUGGAACCAUACAAAGAGAGGUUCGUUUAUGCCUAUACCAACCAAUAUAAACACUUGGGGAAUGCUAUGGAAAAUUACUUCAAGCGCGACAUUGAUAGAAUCAAAGAGAAGUUCCAAAAAAGCCGUAUAUUUAAAAUGAAAGGAAAAUAUGCCGACAACCCAUUGUUCAAGGGGAUUCAUUACAACGUAUCUCGGCAAUGUAUGAAGUUGUUGAUUAUAGAACUCGAGUUGAUUGAUAAGUGGGAAACCAAGGCGGAUGAGGUGUGUGUAUGUAACAUGAAGAAGUCUAUGGGACUACCUUGUCGCCAUAUGAUAAUCAACUAUGAGCAUGGUGUAAUCCCUUUAAGCGACAUUGAUCCAUUUUGUAUGCAUCUAAGUUUCAUCCCUCCUCCAAAGGAAGAAGAAGCCGAAGAAGAGUUUGGUGAUAAUGAAAUGGGUAGAACCGUACUAGAGAUGUAUCGUGGCAUGAACAAGCUCCAAAAACAAAUCUUUUGGGAUGACAUGAGGAAAAUCAUAUAUCUACAAACGCAAGAGAAUGUCUAUGAACCGGCAAAAGGCAAACCGAAAGACGUGAAGGUUGAGGCUCCAAAUAAAGACUAUUUGAAUGAGAUACCUCUAUACAUUAGAGACUAUGUUAUUUCCACCGACGGCGUUCCUCCGGAUGGUAAUUAUGGUUUUCAUGUUGUGAAUCAACAACUUGGGCCUUUCAUCGAAGGUGCGAAGCGAUAUAAUGGGUGUGCAAUCACUCAUAUAAGGCAAAGGUUGUUGUCCAAACUAAAGGAGAAUCCGGCCUUUUACAAGACAAUGUUGUGGGAUCGUGAAGGUAGUAUCAAUGAGGAAUUUGUUAGGUAUCCACGUCGUCUUCAUGGGGGUCAUCCGAUUACGUCGGAUUAUUGGAUGAGCAUGCCUAUAUGUGGACACUUAAUCGCCGAUGCAUUCAAUUGUAUGGUUCAUUAUUUCUCAAAACAUGCAAGUUUCACCUUCACGCCGAAAACAACCUUAUGUGUCGAGAAACUCAAACUAAGGAGAUGUGUGAUGGCAUUGGUUAACAACAACCACUUUAUAGGCCUCCGGUUAAAACCCGAUUGUCCAUUGCCUCCAAUAUGUGCAACCUCUUAUUGGCCUGCAUUUAAUGCGGAUAGAAUGUUGGGUUGGUGUAUCAUGUACGAGCCUAACAUGGAGAUGUGGAAUGCUUUGAAGAAGUCGGAAGAAAUUGUGCAUGAAAGUCAAAUUUGA